GAGAGACAUCCACAUAUUCACUCGCCCAUUGUACAGACACGACCGCUGUCACCAAGUCAACUCUACAGGCACUCUCUCAUAUACCAUUCAUCCCGCUGCGUAUCUUCCCUCGGCCACCACAAGUCCACUUCACAGACAUAACGAGCUUGGACGGACCGGCUGCGCCCGUCCCGGGCUCGUUUAGUCGAUGAAGCUGACGUGUGGACAGCCAAGGGAGAAAAGCGGCAAUCGCACCCUGACACACUGUGCGACGAUAGCAGGCAGAGAGAAACCUUCUCAAAACCCAACCCACAUUCUGCCGGCCUUCAUCGUUAUGCGUCCCUUCAUGUGCUCGCUGUUGACGAACGCCGGACCACAUGGCUUGCAUGCGGCGCGCGGCGGACGUCGUCAGAAACCACACGAGGGGAGCGUAGGAGCGAAGGACCAGCAUCAGACAGCUCGAAUCAAGCCAACAACACUGCACUGGCUGCACAAGAUGCGCAUGUCACUCACAUGAUUGGCUCUGCACACAGCACAGACGCUCUGUUCUGUCACCUCACUCACAGACACACACGAAGGAACGCCCACGUGUGCGUCUCUCUCCCAGAGCUCUCUCUCUCAAGGCAGGCAGGGAGCGAAACCACAUCUUAAGAGAGCAAGUCGUUGUAGCAACACACCACCCACCCACCGAGUAGCAAGUCUGUCUACCAAUCCUCUCUUCAAUCCAUUCAUCCAUCAUUCAUGUACCCUCCCUCCCUACACCAUACAUACACACAGCCAUCCCAUCUCAUCCCAGCAAAAGGGAUGUGUGGUGUGUGGUGUUGUGAAAAAUCGACCUGCAAGUUCCCCCCCGCCCAGCUACGCCCCCCUCCCUAACCGUGACGCCCGUCCAGCAGCCGCCGAUGGCCCACUGCCUCCACCUCCGUUGGCCGCCUCACUGCCGUCGUCGUACGGUGAGCGUGGAGGUGGCAUGGGUGCACCAGGCCGGACGGGAGGUGGCGUGCCGAGCCAGGGUACGUCUGGGUGUGUGGGGGGGCCGGUGGCAGGGGGUGGGCGGGAGGGGUAGGGGGAGGGGUAGGGCAUGCCCAUGUCCUGGUAGAGGCCCUCCCUCUCAUGGGGCAUCGGAACUGCACAAACAGACAGACCAGAGGAAGCAAACAAAUGCGCACACUUCCAUCCAUCCCCGACACAAAGUGUUUGUGGGGCAGCUUACACUUGGACUGUGGGUGUCCGGCUAGCGAUACGCCCAUCCCCGUUGGAGGAGCCGUCAGCUCGGGCUCGUCCCACUGGUCGCCCCCUCCACCCAUCCCACCCAUGCCGAGGCCCGCUCCCAUGGCCGCCCCGUAUCCGCCAGAUGGUGGGUGUGCCGCGGCUGCCGCAGCCUCCUCCUGCUCGGCGUAGCUCUCGCUCACGCUCUCCAUGCCGGGGAUGCCUUUGCGGGGUCGACUGAAGGGACAGUGGGAUGGAUAGAUCAAUGAUUGCAAUGGACAGUGGGUGGGAACACACGUUGGAAAAGGUGUGAGUGUGUGCUUGUCCGUCUGGGGGUGUGUGGGUGGGGGUUUGGCCUCUCACCGUGGCACUCUUCCGACUGAUCUGCGGCUUCGCCGGCGGUCGGCACGCGCGGCUCGGGUGCCCUCCUGAUCGCACACACACAUCCACACACACAUCCACAUGUAGGGCUGGCUUCUCAAAAGGGCCAUUCAUUGUCUGGGUGUUUGUGUGUCUUACAAUGUCUAUGAUAAGUCGUGUGCUCUCAGACACGAAUGCCAAACCGUUGCCAGUCUUGCGACCUGCACCGCAACCACACACCAGCGGAAACACUUGUGUUGGAUUGUGUUGGGCUGGCGUGCGUCUUGUCACUCACUGACCGAAUGGCAGCAGCCAGAAGAUGGGAUCUGGCCCGACCACAUCCAGAAAGUUGUUCAGACAGCCGCGGUCGUAGCUAGACUGAACACACACAUUCAAUUGAUAGAGGUAGAGAGAGGAGCUCUUCGCUUGCAGAAAUGUGUGACCGCGUGUGCUGUGUUUGGUCGCUUACAGCUCUUCCCCCAUAAGCCCCUCGCUUAGUGCUCUUCUCGCAGAACUCAAUGGUCGUCAUGCCGCGGGACACCAACCUGAUGGAUGGAUAGAUGGCAGACAACACCAUGCGUCCAUGAGUGGGCGAGGGAAAUGAUAUGAGGAGCGGCGCGGCGCGCACCAGAUGUGGAAUCCGAAGAAUGCGGUGAGCAGGACGCCCAUGAAGGCGGCAAGGGUCUCGCCGAACAGCAGGAAAAACAUCUUAUGAAACACCGCCUGUGAGUGAGCGCAACAGACACGACACACGCCAUGUGAUGGAUGUGGUCAUGGAUGGCGUCUGGCGUCUGGCAUCCAAUCCAAUCCAAAAGUGUCUGUCUGUUGUCACAGUAGCUACUGUCACGGACCUCCUCGUCAAUGACGUAUUUCUUGACCGACUCGAACAUGGCCCACGAGAUGAAGUGGCACGCCAGUGUCGAAUACAGCAACAGCAAGAAGAAGUACCUGGUUGCGACACACAACACCACACACACACACACACCCAGAGCCCACCAGUGUCUCCCCGCGUGCCUCCGACCCGACCACCCCAUCCCUCCCUCCCUCUCCCUGACUGACUGACUGACUGACUUGUGGUUUCCGAAUCCGACACAGUUGUAGAUCCAGGGGCAGUGGUGGUCCAUCUUGAGGACACACGUGCGGCACACUCGGCAGUGGUGGCACCGGUCGGGCUUGAACUUGCCGCACCACUUGCAGUGACGACGCUCACCGCUCCGCUUCGUCUCCUGAGGCGGAGGUGCGUACAAACACAUCACAUCAGAAAGAGGGAGAGAUUGUGGACGGUUGGCUGGCUGAAUUGAUGAUGGAUGUGCUGUUGGUGUUCUCACAGUGGUCUCGAGCGACGCGCCCAGCUGGUCAGCGUAGCGUGAGUCGGCGGCCGGGUACUGCCACUCCUUAUCGUCAGGGAUCUUACCUGAAGGAACGAACCAACAAACCGAACGAACACGCAGACAGACAGACAGACAGACAGCCAGACAGACACACCCACCCCACCGACCCAUGCCAUCAGAGGCUCCUCUUCUGUUCGUUCAUGAGUGUGUGUAUAUGUGCUGCGAGGUGAGCGUAGGGUACCGGGGCUUGAGAUGAUAGCCCGGGCGUAGCAGAUGAACAGGAGGACCGUUAACACGUGGAACACAAACAGCUGGCUUACUCCCCUGCGCCAACAGCACAGCACAGCACAUGCCACACCCACACCGUAACAGACAGACACACAGCCAUGUGCUGUGCUGUGUUGCAAUGCAUCCUCCCUAAUCUACCUAUUGCUGCGUCCCUCACCCACCUGUAGAAAUCGUUAUCGUUUCGCUUCCUCGUGUCGAGGUCCAGCUGCAGCAGCGGGACGCAGUGAAGCUGCAACAAACACAGUUAGAACAGCCAGCCGACAAACAAGACGUCCGCAGAGACGCGUGCAUGUAGUGCAGUGCAGCGCAUCACGUGCAGUGCACGCCACCAUAUAUCCCCCUCCCCUCCCUUGUCUGCCCCUCCCUCCCCUCGUUGACAUACCAGGACAAAGAUGGAAUAGAGUGUGAGGAUGAUGAGAAGCACAAAGACAACCGGCAUCAGCUUGGCUAGCUCCAUCUCCCCCCGCCGAGGCCUCGUGCGGCCCUCAGGCACGCCGUACGCCUCCAUACCAACACAAACGACACCCCACCGCCGUGCGGAGGGCCGCAGCUACUCACAAAUGUCCAAAGGGCACGAUGGCAGCUCGGGGGAGAUCCCUCCCUCUCCUUGCGACGCCCUGUGUGUUGAAUGCUGUGCUCCGGGGGCUGUCUUCGGCGUCGAAGUGCCCGCGGAGCCGCUUGAGGGAGAAAAACGCGAAUCCCUCUCGCAGCAGCGCUCAGCAAUACCGAAUGAGGCUCGACCGCUGACGAGCAC